AUGAAAGUAAAGUGCUCGGGCUCUCAGCCUUGCGCGCGAUGUGCUCGCAAGAAAGCGCAAUGCCAUUUUCCUGCUGAGGAUAUACGGAUAUCUGUUUCUGAGCGUUAUCUCCGACAUCUUGAACAGCAAUUGUCUCAAAGUAAGCGUUCUUCACCACAGGAUGUCCCCGCCGAGCCCACGCCACCGGCUACCGAUAGCGACAUUCCUUUACCAAUUACUCCUCAGAACCCCUUAACCUUGGACAAUCGAUCCCAUGUUGGUUGGAGAGAUUUAGAAGGCGGAGAAGAGGAGUAUCAUCUCAUUUCCCGAGAUCGACUUAUUGCGACCGAGCAGCAUGUGGGAGGUGACCCUGACAUUGAGAAUGAUGGGCAUAGGUCGAGGUUCUCCAGGAAUCCAUUGGUGGAUAAAAAUCCAUCGUUCCAAAAGACACCCGAUGGGCGCUUUUGGUAUAUGGGACCAACAUCUUCAUGGUCCUUCUGCCGUCGCGUCCUGGAACUCAUAGGGAGACGAGUUCCUGAAUCAAACUCGCCUCCUGAUCCGUUCCAUUUAGAUGGGAUGGCCUUCAAGCUACAGUGGCGUCCAGCCGCACUAGAUGAUGAGCCUGAUGUUUCGAACCUCCCGCCACUUGACUACGCCUUGUUUCUGUUCAACACGGUCAAAUUCUAUUUUGGUUUCUUGUCUUUCAUGAUUGAUGAAGAUCUUUACCUGCGGGACCUUCAUGAGUUCUAUAAAGAUCCAGCUGCAAAGGCCGCCGCUUCAAGGUAUUGGUAUGCCCAGUACCUCCUGGUACUUGCUUUUGGAAAGUCAUUCCUUUCCCAUAAAAAUCCGUCGGGAAUCCCGCCAGGGUACCAAUAUGCUGCAAGAGCAAUGGCAUUACUGCCAGAUCUUUCUGGGAUGCAUGUCGAUCCAUUGACAUGCAUCCAAGCUCUCGCUUUAGGAGCUGUCUAUCUACAGUCCAUCGACAUGAGGCGAGCCGCAUUCCAGCACAUUGGGCAUGCUCUCCGUGGCUGCAUCAUUGAGGGAAUCCAUCGACAUGUACCAGAGGAUUUGGCUGGGCCAGAACUCUCUCGCCGCUGCAGGACCAUAUUCUGGGUCGUAUAUAUGCUCGACCGGGAGUUUUCCGCUUUAAUAGGAGCCCCAAGCUCCAUUCGAGAUGAAGACAUCACAGUGAUGCUGCCAGCCGAGGUCGAAGAUUCGGUCGAGCACAUUAACCUUACGUUGCAUGUCCGUCUGUCUCGGUUGAUGGCGCAAAUAUUAUCAACUGUUUAUGGAGUCGGCGAUGAGUUCAACGGAUCUCUUGUGAGAAAUACCCAAACACUUCUUCACAGCAUGGCCGAGCUCUCCCACGACCUUACGGCAUUUCUCAAUACACAUUUCCACGGACUGAUAAGUCGAGCAUCCAAAAUGGCAAUCAGGCUGAUGCUAGCACACCAUCAUUGUGUUGUCCUUACAACACGCCCUCUGGUCAUGUGUGCCCUUCAGAUGCACAUCGAGCGCGCUGAAAGGCAACGAUCGCCAACCAUAUCACUCUCUCACCCUGUAUCGUCUUUGCUGCAGUGCUGCGCAGAUUCUGCCCAGACAAUCCUCCAGACUCUCCAGACACUAGCCGACGACGACUUGAUUGAUGCCUUCCUCCCAUUCCAGAUCGAAGACGCAUCUUCUUCAGCCUUCGUCCUUUACCUGAUCCGAGCCAUCGCCCCAUCUCUCAUCCCAAAUAGCACCUGGUGUGACAACUUGGAAUGUGUGCUCGACAAACUCAUAGCGAAAGGAAACCUUGCUGCGCCUCUCCGCAGACGUGAGUUGAAACAGCUGGAGCAAAUUCUGGCACCGCUGACUCCCAUGUCCACCGAUACACCGGAAACGACGCCGCUUCAAGAUACUCAUGAAGAAAUUGAUGCCUUUGAGCAUAUAGACGUUGGCGAUGAGUUUGAAUGGGAUCUUCUCGGGCUCAACCCGUCAGUGAGCCUUCCGCCGCGAGAAUUGCUGGACUUGGCGGACCAAUUGGAUAUUGAAAGUAUUAUGCGCUCAGUUGGCGGCGGUUGUGUUGGGUAA